UCGUUUGGGGACCGCCAGCUCCUGCUCCCCUCCCCCUGCUCCUACCCCCAGCGGUCUCUGCGGGGCUGUCCUCCAGACCGCGGAGGAAGCUCGCUGCGCCUUUAAAGAAAGCAGACUCCUGGCUGUGACGCACUUCUGGCUGUCAGCCAGGAAGAUCGCUCCAGCCAGGCCGACUGAGAAGAAAACCAACAACUUUUCUUUUGUGUGUGGGGUUACUUUUCACUGCCCCCCUCCUCCUGUCCUUUCAAGAUUUAAAUGCUAAUGGCGGAUUAAAACCUGUAGAUACGGUUGGCUUUAGGAAUCUGGUUCCAGGUACAUUGGUGUGACAGUCUGGGAUCACCAAGAUGACACUGCACACCACACGGGCGACUGCACUCCUCUCUUGGGUAAACAGUCUUCGUGUGGCUGACCCUGUGGAGGCCUUGCAGCAGCUCCAGGACUGCACUGUCUUUAUCAGGAUCAUUAAUAGCAUCCAUGGCACUGAAGAAGGGCAGCAAAUCCUGCAGCAGCCGGUGCCUGAGAGACUGGACUUUGUGUGCAGUUUUCUGCAGAAAAAUCAAAAACAUUCCUCUUCUCCAGAAUGCUUGGUAUCUAUGCAGAAAGUGAUGGAGGGGUCAGAGCUGGAACUGGCCAAGAUGACAAUGCUGCUCUUAUACCAUGCUACCAUGAGCUCCAGAAGCCCCCGGGACUGGGAGCAGUUUGAAUAUAGGAUUCAGGCUGAGUUAGCUGUCAUCCUGAAGUUUAUGCUAGACCAUGAGGAUGGACUAAACCUUACUGAGGACCUACAGAACUUCUUGGAGAAAGUUCCUGUCUCUUCCACCUGUUCCAGCACAUUGUCUGAAGAGCUCUCCCCACCCAGUCACCAUGCCAAGAGGGAGGUUCGCUUCCUAGAGCUACAGAGGGUUGCCUCCUCUUCUAGUGGGAACAACUUCCUCUCAGGUUCUCCAGCCUCCCCUAUGGGUGACAUCCUGCAAACCCCACAGUUCCAGAUGAGACGACUGAAGAAACAGCUGGCAGAUGAAAGAAACAAUAGGGAUGAGCUGGAGCUGGAGCUGGCGGAGAGCCGCAAGCUCCUCACUGAGAAAGACGCACAGAUGGCCAUGAUGCAGCAGCGCAUUGACCGCCUGGCUCUGCUGAGUGAGAAGCAAGUGGCCAACUUGCCAGAGCCCAGAGAGCUUGAGGAGCUACAUGGCAAGAAUGAGAGCCUCACUAUGCGGCUGCAUGAGACUCUGAAACAGUGCCAGGACCUGAAGACAGAGAAGAAUCAGAUGGAUCGCAAGAUUAACCAGCUUUCUGAGGAGAAUGGGGAGCUCUCCUUUAAGCUACGGGAGUUUGCCAGUCAUCUGCAGCAACUCCAGGGUGCCCUCAAUGAGCUGACGGAGGAGCACAGCAAGGCCACUCAGGAGUGGACAGAGAAGCAGACCCGGCUAGAGAAGGAGCUCAGCACAGCCCUGCAGGACAAGAAAUGCCUUGAAGAAAAAAAUGAAAUCCUUCAGGGAAAACUUUCACAGCUGGAAGAGCGUUUGGCUCAGCUGCCAGAGAAUCCAUCUCAGGAGAAGGGUGAAGUGCUGGGUGAUGUCUUGCAGCUGGAAACCCUGAAGCAAGAGGCAGCCACUCUUACUGCAAACAACACCCAGCUCCAAGCCAGAGUGGAGACCCUGGAGAGCGAGCAGGGCCAGCAGAAAGCCCAGCUGCUCGCUGAGCGGGACCGCUUUGAAGACGAAAAGCAGCAGCUGGCCAGCCUCAUUGCAGACCUGCAGAGCUCCAUCUCCAACCUUGGCCAGGCCAAGGAGGAGCUGGAGCAGGCCUCCCAGGCACAGGGGGCCCGGUUGACUGCCCAGGUGGCCUCUCUGACCACAGAGAUCACCACGCUCAAUGCCACCCUCCAACAGCAGAAUCAAGAACUGAUCAGUGUGAAGCAGCAGGCCAAAAAGGAGCAAGCCCAGCUCGCACAGACCCUCCAACAGCAAGAACAGGCCUCCCAGGGCCUCCGUCACCAGGUGGAGCAGCUGAGCAGCAGUCUGAAACAGAAGGAGCAGCAGUGGGAAGAGGCAGUGAAGGAGCAGGAGGCAGCCAAGCGGGACCAUGCACAGCAACUGGCCACUGCUUCCGAGGCACGAGAGUCCUCUAUAAAGGAGCGGGAUACUGCUCGCCAGCAGCUGGAGGCAUUGGAAAAGGAGAAGGCUGCAAAGCUAGAGAUUCUGCAGCAGCAACUCCAGGCUGCUAAUGAAGCCUGGGACAGUGCCCAGACAUCAGUGACAAAGGUCCAGCAGGAGAAGGCAGAGUUGAGCCAAAAGGUGGAGGAACUCCGUGCCCAUGUUGAAGCAGCCCACCAGGAGCAGUGUCAGGCCCAGGCCCAGGUGACACAGCUUGAGGCCCAGCUGAAGGCUGAGCAGCAAAAAGCAACUGAGAGAGAAAAGGUAGCCCAGGAGAAGGGAGAGCUCCAGGAGCAGCUCCAGGUUCUCACAGAGUCCUUGAAGACUGCCAAGGGCAACUUGGAAGAGGAGAAGCGCAGAGCCGCAGAUGCCCUGGAGGAGCAGCAGCGUUGUGUUUCAGAGCUGAAGGCAGAGUCUCGGAGCCUGGUGGAGCAGCGUAAGCAGGAACAGAAGGAGCUAGAAGAAGAGAAGGCUGGGCGCAAGGCGCUUGAGGCCCGAUUACAGCAGCUUGUGGCAGCCAGUCAGGCUGAGACUAAAGCCCUGCAGCAGGAGCUGGCAGAGGCCACGGCCUCCCAGCACAGGGCUGAGAGUGAGUGUGAGCAGCUUGCCAAGGAAGUCGCCACUUGGCGGGGGCGGUAUGAGGACAGCCAACAAGAAGGGGCACAACAUGGCGCCAUGUUGCAGGAACAGCUGGUGACCUUGAAGGAGGAGUAUGAGAGGUCCUGCCAGGAGCUGCAGGAGGCAAAAGAGAAGGUGGCAGGGAUAGAGGCCCACAGAGAGCUCCAGAUAAGCCGGCAGCAGAGUGAGCUAGCCCAGCUCCAUGCCAGCCUGGCCAGAGCCUUGCAGCAGGUCAAGGAGAAGGAGAUUAGAGCCCAGAAACUGGCAGAUGAUCUCUCUUCUCUGCAGGAGAAGAUGGCUGCCACCAGCAAGGAGGUGGCUCGCCUGGAGGCCUUGGUGCGCAAGGCAGGUGAGCAGCAGGAAACAGUCCCCCGUGAGCUGCUCAAGGAGCCCCCGAGGGCUGGCGACAGAGAUUCCGAGUGGCUGGAAGAGCCUCAGGACCGGCCAUUGUGCAGCACUCAGGCAGCACUGCAGGCCAUGGAGCGUGAGGCCGAGCAAAUGGGCAGUGAGCUGGAGAGGCUGCGAGCAGCACUGAUGGAGAGCCAGGGGCAGCAGCAGGAGGAGCGUGGGCAACAAGAGAGGGAGGUGGCAAGGCUGACCCAGGAGCGCAGCCGGGCCCAAGCUGACCUUGCCCUGGAGAAGGCAGCCAAGGCAGAGCUUGAGAUGCGGCUGCAGAAUGCCCUCAAUGAACAGCGUGUGGAAUUUGCUACCCUGCAAGAGGCACUGGCCAAUGCCCUGACGGAAAAAGAGGGCAAAGACCAGGAGCUGGCCAAACUUCGAGGGCAAGAGGCAUCUCUGAGAACAGAGCUGAGGGAGCUUCAACAGAUCAUGGAGCAGCUGCAGGCACGCCUGGCUAAGAAAGAAAAGGAACACCGGCAGCCUGCAGGGGUAGCCAGUGGAGAAGAUGCUUCCGGACCAGCAGUCCGGUUGGAGGCAGCUGGAAAGAUGGAGGUGCCAGGCCCUGAGCUGGAGGGUCUGCGGGCACAAGUGAGCAAGCUGGAGCAGCAGUGCCACCAGCAGCAGGAACAGGCUGAUGGCCUGGCACAAAGCCUUGAGUCUGAGCGUGCCUCUCGGGCUGAGCAGGAAAAGGCCCUAGAGACUCUGCAGAGCCAGUUAGAAGAGAAGGUGCAGGAGCUGGGGCAGAGUCAAGCUGCCUCGGCCUCAGCCCAAAAGGAGUUGACCACUCUCCGCGCCAAGGUCCAAGACCACAGCAAGACUGAGGAGGAGUGGAAGGCCCAGGUGGCCCGGGGCCAGCAGGAAGCUGAAAGAAAAAGCAGCCUUAUUAGCAGUUUGGAGGAGGAGGUGUCCAUCUUGAACCGCCAGGUCCUGGAGAAGGAGGGGGAGAGCAAGGAGUUGAAGCGGCUGGUUGUGGCUGAGUCAGAGAAGAGCCAGAAACUAGAGGAGAGGUUGCGCCUGCUCCAGGCAGAGACGGUCAGCAACAGUGCCAGAGCCGCAGAACGCAGCUCAGCUCUGCGAGAAGAAGUGCAGAGCCUCCGGGAGGAGGUGGAGAAACAGCGCGUGGUUUCAGAGAACCUGCGGCAGGAGCUGGCCUCUCAGGCAGAGCGAGCUGAGGAGCUGGGCCAAGAAUUGAAGGCGUGGCAGGAGAAGUUCUUCCAGAAGGAGCAGGCCCUCUCUGCCCUGCAGCUGGAGCACACCAGCACACAGGCCCUAGUAAGCGAGCUCCUACCAGCCAAGCACCUCUGCCAGCAGCUGCAGGCCGAGCAGGCAGCUGCCGAGAAACGCCACCGGGAAGAGCUGGAGCAGAGUAAGCAGGCAGCUGGUGGGCUGCGGGCAGAGCUGAUGCGGGCCCAGCGGGAGCUCGGAGAGCUGGGGCCCCUGCGGCAGAAGGUGGCGGAGCAGGAGCGAGCAGCCCAGCAGCUGCGGGCAGAGAAGGCCAGCUAUGCAGAGCAACUGAGCAUGCUAAAGAAGGCACAUGGCCUGCUGGCAGAGGAGAACCGAGGGCUGGGUGAGCGGGCCAACCUUGGCCGGCAGUUUCUGGAAGUGGAGCUGGACCAGGCCCGGGAGAAGUAUGUCCAAGAGCUGGCAGCUGUGCGUGCUGACGCUGAGACCCGUCUGGCUGAGAUGCAGCAGGAAACACAGAGCACUACCCAAGAGCUGGAGGUGAUGACUGCCAAGUAUGAGAGUGCCAAGGUGAAGGUCCUAGAGGAGAGGCAGCGGUUCCAGGAGGAGAGGCAGAAACUCACUACACAGGUGGAACAACUAGAGGUAUUUCAGAGAGAGCAGACUAAGCAGGUGGAGGAACUGAAUAAGAAGCUGGCUGAGUGUGACCAAGCGAGCAAGGUGCAGCAGCAGAAGCUGAAGGCCUUCCAAGCCCAGGGAGGUGAGAGCCAGCAGGAGGCCCAACGGCUUCAGGCCCAGCUGAAUGAGCUGCAGGCCCAAUUGAGCCAGAAGGAGCAGGCUGCUGAACACUACAAGCUGCAGAUGGAGAAAGCCAAGACCCAUUAUGAUGCCAAGAAGCAGCAGAACCAAGAGCUGCAAGAGCAGCUGCGGGACCUGGAGCAGUUGCAGAAGGAGAAUAAGGAGCUGCGGGUUGAAGCUGACCGUCUAGGCCGCGAGCUGCAGCAGGCUGGGCUGAAGACGAAGGAGGCUGAACAGACCUGCCACCAUCUUACUGCCCAGGUGCGCAGCUUGGAGGCACAGGUUGCUCAUGCAGACCAGCAACUGCGAGACCUGGGUAAAUUCCAGGUGGCAACUGAUGCCUUAAAGAGCCGUGAGCCCCAGGCGAAAUCCCAGCUGGACCUGAGUAUUGACAGUCUGGAUCUGAGCUUUGAGGAGGGGACCCCAUGCAGUAUCACCAGUAAGCUGCCUCGUACCCAGCCAGAUGGUACCAGCGUCCCUGGAGAGCCAGCUUCACCCAUCUCUCAGCGCCUGCCCCCCAAGGUAGAAUCCCUGGAGAGUCUCUACUUCACCCCCAUCCCUGCUCGGGGUCAGGCUCCCCUGGAGAGCAGCCUAGACUCCCUGGGGGACGUCUUUCCGGACUCAGGCCGUAAGACCCGCUCCGCCCGCAGGCGCACCACGCAAAUCAUCAACAUCACCAUGACCAAGAAGGUAGAUGUGGAGGAGCCAGACAGUGCCAACUCAUCCUUCUAUAGCACACAGUCUGCCCCUGCUUCCCAGGCCAGCCUGCGAGCCACCUCUUCUACCCAGUCUCUAGCCCGCCUGGGCUCUCCUGAUGAUGGUAACUCAGCUCUGCUCAGCCUGCCUGGCUACCGACCCACCACUCGAAGUUCUGCUCGCCGCUCCCAGGCUGGGGUGUCCAGUGGAGCACCACCAGGAAGGAACAGCUUCUACAUGGGCACUUGCCAGGAUGAGCCUGAGCAGCUGGGCGACUGGAACCGCAUCGCAGAAUUGCAGCAGCGCAACCGAGUGUGUCCCCCACACUUGAAGACCUGCUAUCCCCUGGAGUCCAGGCCUUCCCUAAGCCUGGCCACCAUCACUGAUGAGGAAAUGAAAACUGGAGACCCCCAGGAGACCCUGCGCCGAGCCAGCAUGCAGCCAACCCAGAUUGCUGAGGGCACAGGCAUCACCACCCGACAGCGCAAACGAGUCUCCUCAGAGACCCACCAUGGCCCCGGCACCCCCGAGUCUAAGAAGGCCACCAGCUGUUUCCCACGCCCCAUGACUCCCCGGGACCGACAUGAAGGGCGCAGGCAGAGCGCUACUGAGGCCCAGAAGAAAGCAGCCCCAGCUGUUCUUAAACAGGCUGACAGGCGCCAGUCGAUGGCCUUCAGCAUCCUCAACACACCCAAGAAGCUGGGGAGCAGUCUUCUGCGGCGAGGAGCCUCAAAGAAGGUUCCAUCCAAGACCUCCCCCAACACCCGGAGUGGAACCCGACGCUCUCCACGCAUUGCCACCACCACAGCCAACACCGCCACUGCUUCUGCCAUUGCUGCCACCACUGCCACCCCUCGGGCCAAGGGCAAGGCAAAGCACUAAAGAGCCAGUACCAGUGAAUGGCCCUACCUGUGUCCCCAGUGCUGACCUCACCUGGUCCUCUUUUCCUUCUACUGUCCCUCUCAGUGCCUUCUCUCAGCUCAUAGGCCACUGGUGGCCAAACCCCAGAGACAGUGAUGCCUGCCAGUGCCGUGGCAUGGUAUCUGGACCUUUACUGGUGCCUUCUCUAGGCACCUUCUCAGAGCUGGUCUGGGAGGCUUGGAGCUUGGACAGUGUGGGGCCUUCUCCCUAUCCUGCCUCCUGAUUUUUCUUGGAGCAAAGUCACUUCUCCAUCAUAACCAGAUUUAAGGCUAGCUUUGAGUGGCUGAAUCCUUGAACUCAGCCAGUCUUCCUCAGCCUCUGAAUCUAGAAGGGACCAGUGGAGAAGCAGGCUCUGGUUCCUGCUUCAGAGAAGCAGCUCCUCAUGGCUGGGCCUACAGGGGCCCUUGCUCUUGAAGCCCAAGACUGGGCAUGACCUGGUGGGAGCCCCCUGCUCCCAUCUACCCAAGGGCCCAGAUACCCAGAGGAUGCUCUUUUCUGGGACAGGCUGGGUCCUGGGUCUCAGGGGUGGGGUAGAGGGCAGCCUUUGAUGGUAGCUCAUACCCCACCUUCCCCAGACUUGCACUGGGGUGGGAUUUGGAAAGAUGGGAAGGUUUUUAAGGGUUGGGGAUGGAUCUUUUCUAAAUGUUAUUACUUGUAAAUAAAGUCUAUUUUUCUCCCUUGAGUACUGAGCUUCCUUGGUUAGUAUGGGAAAACCUAAGCUCUUUGAGCUGCCUUUUAUCCCUUGUGGAGUCUU